GAAGUGCAAACGUGCGAAAUUUUCUCGUUAACCUUUUUUUUCGGCGACAAAAAGCAAAGGCAACGUGUGGACACAUUCACGAUGCUGCCACACGAGUAAUAAAAAAGAAAAAUAAAAAGAAAAUACUACGGAACACACACACACAUACACACUCACCAUACAAAUAUUGAAAAUUCUAAGGAAAGCGCGCCCGGGAAAUGGGGCACAAGUGCAGUUGGUUUCUAUGACCCAAAGGCGGCGGACAUUUAGAACCGUGACCGACUGGAUUCCUUGGUCCGCAAAUCGAAUCCAAAGCGCAGUCAAUACAGAAGCAUUAAAAGCAUACCAUAAAACUUACAUUCGUCCUUGGCAUUUGCAAUAGCAAAAUAACAAAAUCCCAGUGGGGGCAGUCACCAAGCUUUGAGAAAUCACUGCCAGCGAAGCGGAAAAGGGGUGAAGGAAUUUUAUUGAAAUCCAGGACAGGAGGGAAUCUCCGUAACCACUGCAAUCCUGGCCCAGAGAAAUCACAGCGCGUCAAACGGUAGCGGAAGCGGUGCCGGAGUCGGCAACGUUCCUGUUAUCAUGGAAGGACCGGAAGUCACCUUCCUUUUUCAAUUCGGCAGCGUCCGUGAUGCAGUCUGCGUGCCUGCCAAUACCCUGACCCUCAAGUCACUCAAGGACCUGGCCUGUGACUUCAUCAACACAAAGAUACCGGACAGCGGUCUCACGUAUCUGUCGGAACGCAUACUCCUUUUUGUCCACGACUACAGUACACCAAAUGUGCUGCACAUCAUCAAUUCGGCAGCGGAGGUGGUCGAUGAGACGCUUGUGGAAAUUGUGCUGACCGCCAGUCCCAUUUUGUACCCAACCUCCGAGAUGCCGACCCUCAAGCCGCAUAGUUUGAACGUGCAUUCCUACAAGGGACCGACCUUCUGUGAUUUCUGCGGCGAGAUGCUGUUCGGUCUGGUGCGUCAGGGUCUUAAAUGCGAUGGAUGCGGGCAAAACUAUCACAAGCGUUGUGUGGUAAAGAUACCAAACAAUUGCAGCCGGUCGAAUGACGCCACUUCGCGACGCUCCUUUACGCUCCAGGCUCCCCGCAGCCCGUCCGGCAGCUCCCAGCAGUCACUCGUCUCCACGGAGGACUCCACCGGGCGGAAUGAUUCGAGCAGCUCACUGAAUAUUCCUGGACGCCACCAGCGCACACACUCGUCGGGCAGCCGGAACGGACUCACUGGACUCCGGAUUCCGCACACCUUCAUGGUUCACACCUACGGCAUCCCCACGGUGUGCCAGUUGUGCAAGAAACUCCUAAAGGGCCUCUUCAAGCAGGGACUCCAGUGCCGGGACUGCCAGUACAACACGCACAAAAAGUGCAUGGACAAGGUGCCACAUGACUGCACGGGUGAGGCGCAGCUUAGUCAGCUGCAGAUCCAAGCGGGAGCCAAGGAGCGGGACAACUUCUUCCGCGAGGAGUUCGACGACAGUGACUGUGACGAGGGCCCAGGAUCGGGUACAGACUACGGAAAGUACAAAACUUCGGGUGGAGUUAAUUUGGUGGCCGGAAGACCCCGGGAAGCACCCAAGGCCCUGACCAAUGCCCAGAACUCACCGCCGGAGCUAGUGAAUGGAGCGCUGGGAGACGACUCAAGCGGUGGCGGUGAUACCAGCAAGUCGAGUGACGGUCAGUCGGAGCAAUCGCAGUCCUCGACCUCCUCAUCGCCCAGUGCCAACAUCCCGCUGAUGAGAAUCGUCCAGUCCGUCAAGCACACCAAAAAGCGCGGUGGUCAGGCCCUAAAGGAGGGCUGGCUGGUGCACUUUACCUCGCUGGACAAGGCCGUAAAGCGCUACUACUGGCGACUGGACUCCAAGACCAUAACGCUCUUUGUCUCGGAACAGGGCAGCAAGUACCACAAGGAGCUGCCGCUGGCGGAGCUCCUGGCCAUCGAAAGUCAUCGGGGUGAUCCUAGACCCGAAUCCAACUACUGUUUCGAGCUGCGCCUGCCCAACCUUAGCUAUUUCGUGGGCCAGGAUCCCCAGGUAGGGGCCAAGGAGGAACAGGCCGUACGAUUGCCUCCGCCGGAUAGUGGCAUUGGAAGUGACAUUGCCAAGAGCUGGGAGACGAGCAUCCGGCAGGCCUUUAUGCACGUUAACAACACACAAUGCUGCGAGUCGGAGGAGCAAGUACAGGACAUGGGUCAGCUGUACCAAAUCUUUCCAGACGAAGUGCUGGGCUCCGGCCAGUUUGGUGUGGUCUAUGGCGGCGUGCACAAGAAGACGCAGCGGGAGGUGGCCAUUAAGGUGAUCGAUAAGCUCCGCUUUCCCACCAAACAGGAAGCACAGCUGAAGAACGAGGUGGCCAUCCUGCAGAACAUUGCGCACUUUGGAGUUGUUAAUUUGGAACGGAUGUUCGAGACGCCGGAGCGGAUAUUCGUGGUGAUGGAGAAGCUCAAGGGCGACAUGCUGGAGAUGAUCCUGUCGCAUUCUAGGGGUCGUCUGAGCGAACGGGUGACCAAGUUCCUCAUCACCCAGAUUCUGAUUGCCCUCAAGUACCUGCAUUCGCAAAAUAUAGUCCACUGCGAUCUGAAGCCGGAGAAUGUGUUGCUCUCCUCGGAUGCCGAGUUCCCGCAGGUGAAGCUCUGCGAUUUUGGUUAUGCUCGCAUUAUUGGCGAGAAGUCCUUCCGUCGAUCGGUGGUUGGCACUCCGGCAUAUCUUGCCCCCGAGGUGCUCCGGAACAAAGGCUACAAUAGGUCUUUGGAUAUGUGGAGCGUGGGUGUCAUUAUCUAUGUGAGCUUGAGCGGCACAUUUCCCUUCAACGAAGAGGAGGACAUCAAUGACCAAAUACAAAACGCAGCCUUUAUGUAUCCACCUAAUCCGUGGAAGGAGAUCUCCUCCAAUGCCAUUGAUCUGAUCAACAACCUGCUGCAGGUGAAACAACGCAAGAGAUACACGGUGGACAAGAGCUUGCAGCACUAUUGGCUGCAGGACAAGCAGACCUACCGCGACCUCCGGAACCUGGAGACUCAGGUGGGUGGUGGACGUUACCUAACCCAUGAGGCGGAUGACAUACGCUGGGACUGCACGGGUGACAUGUGACCUGGCUGUGAAUCCGGGCAGAUAACCGAGAGCACCACCGAGAUAAUGGAGAUGUCCGCGACCGUCAAAAGCAACACCAAUACCACCAUCACCACCGAGAGCUAUCGUCCAUCUCCGGCGGACUGCGCCGGCUGCCAUAGGCUCUCGGAUUGCGGAGAUUCGCGCAAAUCGGAGGCGAUGAGCGACAAGGCCCUGAAAUGGAUGCGGUUCCAUCUCUGCCGGCACAUCAAAUAGCAGUACAACCAUAAUGCCUAGCCCAUAAGUUUAUCCUAUAUUCUCUUUAACUUUCGCUUUUCGAUAACUGCUAACAAAUGGAAUAAUACUUCAAUACUUACAA